AAUGUGUAAUUUUCUUAAAGAGUUUCUUCCCCCUGUGAUUGAAACUAUUGAGAAGCUGAAAGAUCAAGAUGAUGAUAUUGAGAUUCAGGUGUCAGCUGACAAUGUCUAUUCAACUUAUGAAUUAACGGUUAAGAAGAAAGGCAAUGCUGAAAGACAACUUGUUGACAAUUUUUUAGCUGGUGACGGGACCAGUCUAGCCAAAAUCCUUGAAAUGUAUCCAAGACAAUCAAGCUAUGUUCAUACAAAUUUUCAAACUAUACUGGCAACUGUAAAAAACCUGCCCAAUCACACAAUAUUCCAAUUUAUGGAACUAGUUGAAAAAAUAAUAGAACACAAUCCUAGUAUAAUAGAUGAGGAAUUUCUGGAAUAUACAUUGGAGAAUUUAGAAGGAGAAAAUUCAAAUUUCGUUUUAAAUGUUACGUACAGCCUCAUGUCAAACAGGAAAGAUUUGUUUGUCAAUUAUCACAAAAGACUUGCCAACUUCAUAAAAAGCUCUCACCCAAAUAGUAUUUUUGUUGUCAGUAACCUGCCUCAAUUGGCUGAAACAGAGGAAUUGGCAACAUUUUAUACAAAUUUGAUUUGGGAAAUUUUCUACAAAGUGAAAACUGAGCACCGCUCCUUUCUAUUAUCAGCUUUACAAGGUAUUGUUUGUAAAUUUAAACAACCUGUUGCUAUUUACAAAGAUGAACUGCUGAAACUCAAAGAUGGUCCAAUGGUUGAUCAAGUUCAAUACAUUAUUAAUGUUAUUGAAGGGAGGAGUCUAGAGGGCAUUGCAAACAUUUUAGAUGAUCACCAAGAUGAAUUGGAAAAUCUUGAUGUUAGAGUCACGGAUAACAGUGGUAAGAUAGUUGAACUUGACAGCGAUCUGGUAAAGACUAAAGAAAAGAUUGAAAAUGUAAAAGAAGAUUUGGAAAUGAUGAAAAAUCAAGUUCAAAAGAUUGAAUAUAAUAUUGAAAAUCUUGAUGAACGAGUAGAAAAACUUAGUCAUAUGACUCUCAGCCAUGCUCCUUCUUGGUCCCGUCACCUUUCUGACCUUAUGAAUAAACCAAGUGACAAUGAUUGGAGACUACUGGCAUUAAAACUCAAUUAUAGCGUUGAUGAUGUCAGAAAUUGGGCUACUCAACCUGAUCCGUGUCUUUCCCUAAUUGAUGAAUGGUUUGCCACUAAUAAUACAAAGGAGGCAACAUUUGCAAUCUUAAAGAAUUUGAAAGAUAUGAAUAGACUUGAUGCGGCUGAGAUUGUUGAAAAUGCCCUUGAAUCUGUAAAAUCCAUCAUUGAAGAUAAAAAAGUUGAAAUGAUAGAAAAACCAAAAGUGUUUAUCAGCUAUCAAUGGGGUCAUCAGGAGGAGGUCAAACUACUUUGCAAACAUUUGGAGCAAGCUGGCUUCAAAGCUUGGAUGGAUAUUGGUCAAAUGGGUGGAGGCGAUAGCCUAUUCCAGAAGAUAGACGAUGGAAUUAGGUCUGCUCAAGUCAUUCUGAGUUGUGUAAGUUUAAAAUACGCAAAAUCAACAAAUUGUUGCCGCGAAAUUAAUCUCUCAGCCAAUCUUGGAAAAGCAAUUAUUCCCUUACUAAUGGAAGAUUUAUCUUGGCCACCUAGCGGACCUUUGGGUCCCAUUUUAGCUGAAUAUUUAUAUAUCAAAUUCUAUCAAAAAAAUGAAAAAAAUAACAAUCAAAACAUUUUCUGGCAUCCAGAAAAAUUCCAAGAACUUUUAAUGCAACUUCGCUUUCAUUUAGAGCCUAAUAUGGAAUUAAUCAAAAAAGGUUCUCCCUACUUUGGUUGGACAAAGCAUCUAAAAAAGGAGCAACACUCCAAUGAAUCCGAAAUGCUAAAAGGAAACUCUCCACCUCUCUUUAUUUCCUAUCAAUGGGAUAAUCAAAAAUUAGUUACAACUCUGUGUAGAAGCCUUUUGGAAAAGGGAUUUGAAUGUUGGCUUGAUAUUGCUCAAAUGGGUGGAGGUGAUUCACUUUUUGAUAAAAUUGACAAUGGAGUAAGGAGAGCAAAACUUAUCAUAUCUUGUGUUACUCAAAAGUAUUCUCAAAGUGUCAACUGUAAAAGAGAAAUUGGCUUAUCAUCGGAAUUAGGAAAACCAAUUGUUCCUGUACUUUUAGAGAAUAUAAAAUGGCCACCCGAAGGACCAAUGUCAAAGGCUUUUACAGAUUUAAAGUAUAUUAAUUUUUCAACAGUAAAUGACAGAAAUAUUGGUGACAGUGAUGAAUUUAUGCAGUUACUUCAUACAAUUGAUUUUCAACUAAAAGCUCAAAGGAGAGAUGCUCUUUCUAAAAAAAACAAACAAUCUGAAGAGGAAAAACAGCAAGAUAAUAAACUAGGUGAAAAUAAAGAAGAGAUGACACAGAGAAAAGGGGAAAACCAUGAUAAUGAAAGAAUGAAGCAGGCAUCAAUGGAAAACAAAUUACACACAGAAGAAGAGAAGAAUAGAGAAUUUGAAGAAAAAUUAAAAAGCAGGGAAAAUAUGAUAAAGCAACUGCGAGAGGAAGUAUUGGAAGUAAAACAGAACAAUAAAGAUAUAGACAAGGAGCUAAACAAGGCACGGUUGAGAUGGCAUCUAGAAGAAGAAAGAAAAAGAAUUGCACAGUUAAGAAAGGAAAAGGAGAAUCCAACUAAAGAAAUUAAAAAAUCAUCAACUUGUCUACUCUUAUGA